AUGACCACAAAACACGAAAAGCCCCAUUCAGUCGACCUUGAGAACAAGCUCGGCGACGACGUCGACAAUGUCUCUCUCGAAGCAGGCUCUCAAAGCCUUCCAUCGAAGAACUGGCUUACCAGGUUACGGAACGCCUUGUCGAGCUGUGCGGAGACUCGAGGCGUAGCACCUGUUCCGAUUGAGGAGAGAAGCGAUAAGGAUACUUUAAAACUAUUCACGUUGUGGCUCACUGCAAACUGCACUACCCUCCCCAUGACCACUGGCAUAUCCGGAACCCUGAUCUUUGGACUAGAUCUUGUUGUUGCUUCAGUAGUCAUCGUGCUAAGCACCCUCCUAUUCAUGCUUCCCGUUGCCUGGAUGGGCAUGAUGGGGCCAAAGACUGGCAUGCGUCAAAUGGUUCAGACAAGAUACUACUUCGGCUACUACUUCUCCAUCGGCAUUGCGCUGCUACAAAUCGCCACCUUGAUCGGGUACACCAUCAUGACAUCUAUUGUCAGUGGGCAGACUCUCACGGCUGUUUCUGAAGGCGACCUCAGCUUGGCUGUGGGUAUCACAAUCAGUAUUGUUGGCGCACUGCCCAUAUCCUUCUUGGGCUACAAGUAUCUGCAUUACAUUGAUCAAUACCUGUGGGCUCCGUCUUUCGUUGCUCUCGUCAUUGUUGCCGGCGUCAGUGGCAAGUCACUUGCUGUUACGGGUGCCGAGCCUGUUGCGAUCUCACCAAGGAGUGUCUUGACAUUUGCCGCUGCGUGUGCAAGUCUGUGUACUAGUUGGGCUCCGUUGGUAUCGGAUUUUGCCGUCUAUAUCGACCCAUCCACGCCAAGAAUCAAGAUCUUCUUAUGCGUGUACGCAGGGUACAGUGUCCCUUCAAUUCUUCUACUCAUUCUAGGUGCCGCUGCAGGUGCCUCUGUGCCAGCAAACGAGACUUGGGCUCAGGCUUACGGACUCUACUCCGUCGGUGGUAUCAUCAAUGCCAUGAACUCUCCUCUAGGAGGAUUUGGAAAGUUCGUCUCGGCCCUGUUGGCGUUCUCCGUGCUUGGUCUCACGGCGUGCACUCUAUAUUCGCUCUCCAUUAGCUUUCAGUCUCUUCAUCCGAUUCUCAGUCGCCUUCCCCGGUCCCUAUACUCGCUUGUUAUUGUGGCAAUCAUUGUGCCCAUCUCAAUUGUUGCCAGCUCCAACUUUUACAACUCUCUAUCGAACUUCCUGAGCGUCGUUGGCUACUGGACGGCUUCGUACACUAGUAUCGCGCUUACUGAGCACUUCUGCUUUCGUCGGGGCCGGUAUUCUGCGUACAACGUCUCUGACUGGGAUAAUCCAAAGGCACUCCCGCUUGGAUUCGCGGCCUUGGCAUCGCUCUGCUUUUCUUUUGGACUGAUCGUCCCUUCUAUGGAUACUGCGUGGUAUACUGGACCCAUUGCAGUACGGACCGGCGAUAUCGGUAUACAAUUGGGAAUUGCUCUUAGUUCACUGAUAUAUAUAGUGCUGAGAGGUGCCGAAUCACGAUGGAAAGGUGGAGGUAGAUCACCUUAG